GAGGAAGAGGAGGAGGAGGAGGAGGAGAGGCAGUUAAAGAGUUAAAGAAUAAAAACUGCUGAGGCUUUAAUCAAACAGUGUUGCAGCUUUAAUCACUGUUUGCACAGUUUAAAGUCCUGGAAGGUGAACGACACGUUAAUACGACGGUAAAUAGGAUGAAAACCAGCGUCCACGAUGACACAGUUCAGUAAAAACUCAAAUGAAAGGAAGUAAUGAAAUAAUAGGAUGAAAACCAGUGUCCAAGUGGACACAGUUCAGUCCAAACGGAUGUGAAUAAAAGCUUCACCUUGUUCUAGUUCAAGCACUGACAUGACAAACCGCCAUUCAAAACACACUAGAAAGAAGAGAAGAAGAAAAGAAAGCAUCAAUUCAACAUAAAAGAAACAUUUGAUCUAAAAACAAAAGAGUCUUCAUCAUAAAUAUAGUCAUAAAAUAAUAAUACAAUCACUUUAGCCAAUAAAAUCUAAAUAUUGUGCAGUUUAUUGUCAUUAUUCAUGAACUGGAUGAUUCUUUUUUCACCAAAUCAUUGGACUUUUGACUCUAAAGGGUUAAAAACAUUGUUCUUCUGGGUUUGACUGAAGGACUUCUUUUCCCUUUUCCUCCUUGUCUUUUAUACAUCUGGACCUUCUCCUCCAUGUUCCAGUUUGGAUGCAUCUGAAGUCUGGGACGAUGGCGGUCAUCACAGCGGAGGUCGUCCUGUCGUCGGGGGUCAUCAGCGCCGUCAUCCUCCUCCUUCUCGCCAUCUUCAUCACGGCUCUGUGCAGCGACUGCAAAAGACGUUCGUUUGAGCUGCAAGAAUCUGGUCUGGACAAACAUCCAUCCACUCUCAUCAAAGUGGUGAGGCUGGAAGAUGCUGUGAGAGAGAAUCCGAUGAUCACUGACAUUCGGAAUGAUGAGAAAGAUGUUCGGACCAAUGGCUGCGCAGCGAUUGGCAAAACAGGAAGUUCCUCCGAUGCCACAGGAGAGUCCAGUCCAGAGGAGGAAACCACGGUGACGUUCACCCCCUGGAGGAGCCACCUGGGGGCGCCAGUGGACCAAGAGCCAGACUCCACCCACAUCUACCACUAUAUAGGACGUGGUAGCAUGGAUGCCAAUGCAUCGUCCAAUCACGAUGACAGAAGAUCGGCUGACGUGGAUUUAAACGGACAGUCAGUGUAUGCACAAGUGGGCAAAAGGGAACGACAAGCCACACCCCCUCACCACUCACCUGAGAACGCACAGGUGGACAAGGUGGACGAGGUGUCCCCUCCACUGCCCAACAGGAUGGCAGAACUGGACGGAUGAGGACGGAUGACAGAUGAGAAGAAUAAGGACUGAUGAGGACAGAUGAGGAUGGACAAGGACAUAUGAGGAUGCAUCAACCCUAACCCUACAGAUGAGGACAGAUGAAGAUGUAUGAGGACAGAUGAGGAUGCAUGAGGAUGCAUGAAGACAGACUAGGACAUAUGAGGAUGCAUGAGGACAUAUGAGGAUGCAUGAAGACAGACGAGGACAUAUGAGGAUGCAUGAGGACAGACUAGGACAUAUAAGGACAUAUGAGGAUGCAUGAAGACAGACGAGGACAUAUGAGGAUGCAUGAAGACAGACGAGGACAUAUGAGGAUGCAUGAGGACAGACGAGGACAUAUGAGGAUGCAUGAGGACAGACUAGGACAUAUGAGGAUGCAUGAGGACAGACGAGGACAUAUGAGGAUGCAUGAAGACAGACUAGGACAUAUGAGGAUGCAUGAGGACAGACGAGGACAUAUGAGGAUGCAUGAGGACAGACUAGGACAUAUGAGGACAUAUGAGGAUGCAUGAAGACAGACUAGGACGUAUGAGGGUGCAUGAGGACAGACGAGGACAUAUAAGGACACAUGAGGAUGCAUGAGGACAGACUAGGACAUAUGAGGAUGCAUGAAGACAGACUAGGA